CUACCAUCGGAAUAGGUCAUGUAGCCAGAUAUUAAAACAUAUAGUAAAUUUAUAACAGAAAAAUGAACUCGUACUACCCAGCAUCGCUUUUUGCUCAGUAUUCUAGUGAAAAUCACCAUGUUGGUGCUAAUGUAGGAUACGGAGGUGGAAAUUACGGACUAUUUGCAUCCAGAUUCGCGGAACAAAUGGGAUAUCAUAAUAGUACGUAUAAUAGUGAACAUCAGCGUCUUGCGAACAAUUAUCCCGCACACCAGAACCAUGACUCGAGCUCCGUUUACGCGAGGGAACACGGAACCCACGGGGCGCUCCACGGCGGCCUCGGCGGCCGCGUCCCCAGCUACCCGCCGGGGGAAGAUCACGGACAGGCGCCGCACCGGAACUUUCCGAACUGUUCGACGGCCGAGGGGUCGUGGAACGGAACUUCAAAUUCGCCAGAUUCCACGCACAAUAGCGGCAGUCCGUACUCGUCAAGUUUGGACGCACAAAACGGAAACUGUUCCGUGCUUUCGAAAGAUUUGAAAGAACCGCAGAGUCCGGCGGAAUCCUCGACACCAUACUACCCGUGGAUGGGAAUCGUAGGUCCAAAUUCGGCACAGCGAAGAAGGGGGCGACAAACUUACAGUCGAUACCAGACUUUGGAACUCGAAAAGGAGUUCCAGUUUAAUCAUUACCUCACAAGGAAGCGACGAAUCGAAGUGGCCCACUCACUUUGUCUAACAGAGAGACAGAUUAAAAUCUGGUUUCAAAAUCGCAGAAUGAAAAUGAAAAAGGAACGCCAGUCGAUAAAGGACUUAAAUGACGCUUGUGUUAAACCUAAAAGUGGUGACAGUGCGAGUAAAAGUUCAGAUGUGAAAGGUGACGAUGACGAUAAAAGUAUAGAUAGUGACGAUUCUUCGUAGAGGGAUAUGUGAUGUUCUGUAGCUGUUCUAAACAGAAUGGGGAAAUACAAACAGGGCCGCGGCGUUGAUUGGUUGAAAAAACAACGGGAGUUAUGUUUGUGAAGUUUGGGGUUUCAAUCCAAUACGAACAUGCAAGAAGACGUUCAGAAGUGGUCUACCGAUAAAGUGACCCUCUUUUGCAUAUUAGUGUGCAUAAUAUUGACACAUGUAAAGUAUGUGAUUUAACUGAGUAAUUCUUUUCUGAGAUGGCAUUCUGUGUUUGAAGAUGCACAGUAAUGGAUGAUUGAUUACAAAAAUCAGGGACGAUUAUGAUUGCAAUAGUUAUGUACAAUUGACAACAAAAUACACUAAACAUGAUAAUAUACCACAAAGGAGGUGGUGCAUGUAUACCUGGUCAGUUUUAUAACGAGAAGUAGUUAAGUAGUAGGGUUAGUUACCUGGUUAGACGAGAAAUUAGAGGGAAUUAUGGGGCAGGGCGAAAGGCUUGGUUGUAAAAGGGUAGAUACUAGCUGGUAGGACAGGGUACAAAAAUAAAAUUGUAAUGAUAGUGAAAAAUGUUCAUUUGCUAAAAACAACGUUGUUGAAAAAUAUCAUCCUUUGAGGGUUUUCGUUGACAAUUGUUUACAGGGUACUAUUUGCUAAUGUACACACUUUUGCACAAAAAAUGUAAAUUAAUUUUAUGUCGACUAUAUGGGUAUAACUUACUUACUAUCAGCAAAAGGAAAAUGAACACUGAACUUACUUUGUUUGUGUAUAUUGUAUGAUUCACAAUUAUACAUUGACAUGUGUUAUACAACUAUGAUAAAAUUCAACAGUCGUAGCAUUCUGUUGUCGUUUUUUUAUUUUUUUAUUUUGUAUUCCGAUAACGUCUUUUAUCAAUAUUAAAAGCCUGGUCAAGUUGUUUAAACCAGUUUAUAUUUAGUUUAGAAAGGAUGAUGCUAGGUUUUACCCGAUCAGUUGCCAUGUAAGCUCCGCCCCACCCCGAUAGGCCGCUCCGAGCCCAGGGUAAAGCCAGGACAGAGGGCCCAAAAAUGCCUGUCCGUCUGUGAAAUAUUUCUUCGGUCAAUAUUGAUAUAUUUUCUUUCUUAUAUAAAGAAUUUAUCUUCGACCACAGGGUGAAGUCAGCAAAAAAAUACUGAGCAAUAUGCUUAGACUUAUGUCUUCUAUUUUGGGCCCAGUGUAUGUUUAUGAAAGCACUGGCUACAGAUAAGUAUAAGUGUAAAACCAUUGUACUUUACUAUGAAUGUGAAAACAAUCAUAUAGAAAAGGGAUAGCAAACUUGCUGUAAUCAAGCGCAUUCAUCUAUAGAUGGCUAUCGAAUUGAUUAAAGAAUAUGUAAUAUCCCGAUUUUCCUUUGGCAUUAAAAAAAUCAUAGCUUAACUAAUGAACAAUUCCUUAAACUAUUCUGGUGUGGAAAAGUAUUGUCAUGCUAGAGUACAUGUAUAAAUAAAUUAAUAACUAUGGAUAUAUAAACAAAUCGUUCAUAUAUAUAUUUUGUAAUUUGACCUGAAAUACUUCACAGACGUGCGGACAUAAGAGGCUUUUCUAGUCAAACUUAUGAUCUAUUGGUUAUAAAUAAUUUUGUGUUCAAAAUAGUUUCUGUUAUCUAUUUAAGUAUGAGAUUUUGUUGUAUAUCUGAGAUAUAAAUUAUAUUAUACUUACAUGCACGUGUGAAAUUUGUAUGCACGUGCUUUUUAUACCCGAACGAGAACUGUUCAGCUUCUGGGUACAUGUAUGUAGCCUAAUAAAAUAUGAAAUGUUUUCAAUAAAAAUAGAAUAAGUUAUUAUUAUUUUAUUACAUUUAAUCUCUACUCAUGUGAGCAUUUUAAAUUUCACAUGACACGGGCGUAAAUUUGUUAUUAUUCUUUGCAUUUUCAAGAACACACGUGUUAAAGUUUAUUCCUGUUUUUGAUAUGAAAUAUAUGUUUCAUUCUUUUUAAUGGUUCAGUCAAUUAAGAUAAGAGUUAUUACAUUUAUCUGAAGAAAUUCUGUAUUGUGAGUUAAUCGCUUUUUUAUUGGGGUAUUAUGACAUAACAAGUAUACGUCACACUAAAGAUAUGUACGUCGAAAUAUUUUCAAAUUUCUAGGAAAAAGAACGGCCAUCAUCUUUUUUGUCUGGAGCUUACACAUACUGUUCAUCUACUGCAAUAAUAACGUUUGAGUUUACAAAUGACGUCAUCAUUUAUGUACACUUACAAUUACAUCACUUCCGGUUCUACUUAUUUUACUAACUGAGCUCGAAUUGGUUUACUUACAGGACCCAUUAAUUAUAUUGGCAAUCACAGAUAAAACUUCUACUACUCGUCCAUUUAAAAUAUUAAUUUUUUUUUUUAUCAUAAACAAUUUGCAAUUAUUGUGUACAACUGCCACCUGUAUUUUUUUCCACAAGCAAUAGCCGUGUUUCCGUUUUACUAUAUAAGUCAAACAUUUGUUUAACUCAAAAUAUUUUAUGGUCUUUUUCAGCAACCGAUUACUUCUCAACAUUGACAUAUAUUACGAUUAGUUGCAGAUUAGGAGUUCUCCUUUGGGUGUGGCUAUUGUUGUUUUGUAUGUGGUCAAGAAAUGGCAUGUCAUUUGUUUAACUUUUUAGAAAAAAAUAUACCUGAAAAAUCUUUGGGAAUCUGGUCGAUAUAGUGGGAAUUCUGUUUAUAAAUGCCAUCCUUUCUCCACCAAUAAUACAAUAAGCAUGCCAUUUGCAGAAUAAUCCUGAUGCAUCUUACUCCUGCUAUUCAUUGAGAGCGUCGUAAGAUGUGUCUUAAACACACUACCACAUCUUGCAAGUAGAAAUAUAGAGAAUUAUGGAGAUUGAAACAUUUAUAAAUGUUGUAUCAUAUGUCGGUUGUAAAUUGUAUUGACUUUUAUGUAUUAAGAUUUGUGUUCGUUACUUUGUUUUAUGAGGGGUGAUCCGAAAGUUAAUUUCAGAAUAAGAAAUUUAGUUAAUGUUGUCACUACUUUUGGGUCAACCCUUGAUAUUGUGCUAUUGUCAGAAACGAGAAAUAUGAAAAAAAUAAUGUUACCUUGGUUGCUGACUUUUCUUUUGUAGAAAUAAAAUGUAAAAGACUAAA